AUGCAAGAUCCGGGAAGCUUUCUAAUUUCUUACACCAUUGGAGACAUUACUAGUCAGAGAGCAUUAUGUGAUCUUGGAGCUAGCAUCAAUCUCAUGCCACUUUUCUUGAUGAGAAAGCUCAAAAUUGAUGAGGUAAAACCCACUCGUAUUUCUCUUCAACUUGUUGAUCGUGCAAUUAAAUUUUCUCUUAGAGUUGUUGAGAAUUUACUGGUGAAAGUAGGACUUUUUUUUAUUUUUCCUGCUAAUUUUGUCAUACUGGAUAUGGAAGAGGACAAGAAUGCCUCCAUUAUUUUAGGAAGAUCCUAUUUAGCUACAGGGAGAGCCCUUAUUGAUGUGCACAAGGGUGAGUUGACUCUGAGAGUCAAUGAAGAAGAUAUUGUCCUUAAUGUGCUUGAGGCUCUACAACACCCUAGUGAUUCUGAGGGGUGUAUGAGAGUUUAUCUUAUUGAGCCACUGAUUCAAGAGAUUUUUGAUGCCAAAGAGCUUGAUGGUGUUUUGGAACCCCCUUCAGAGGAUGGUUUGCUUGAGAUUGAUGAUUCACCACCUCAAGAGAAGGUGUCACACAUGCCUGAUAUAGAGGAAGGGCCUCCGAAGCUUGAGUUGAAACCCUUGCCUCCCUCUUUGAAGUAUGCUUUUCUAGGCGAGCAAGAUUCCUAUCCAGUGAUCAUUAGCUCCUCUCUGAGACAUGAGGAAGGGGAAGCUUGA